AUGCUUGAGCUUGAACAUUUGCAGCAGGAACAAAAAGGAGUAAAGCCAGGACCAUCAAAUCGAGAAUUAGCUACUAGGAAUGUUGGCACACAAACUACGAUAAAGAUUCAUAUUAGCAUACGACCAUCAAGGAGUAAAAGACGAAAGUCAAGUAACAGAAUCGAUGUACAACGACAUUCGUUUAUAUCGAGUGGCGCACAUAGAUCAUCAGUCACAAGCAAAAACAGUGCGCUACGACAACAGCAGUCACUCAACAAUACGAGUCCUAAACGACAAACAUUUGCAAAUAUUGGUACUCAGACAGAAUCUACAUAUACACGGAGACAUUCGCCAAACAAAGAUGGUACAUUAAAGCAACCGCUGACCAAGACGAAAGCUCGACGACUGUCAAAAGUCAGUUCAAAACAUCCAUUACCAUCACGAUCAAUUAGUUCGUCAACUAAUACUGUCUCACCGUACAGUAGUCGGUUAUCGUCAAAAUCUGCUUUUCCAGAUACAAGAAAAUUAUUUUUAUAUGAGAAACGUGACAAGUAUAGAGAAAAACGAAGAAGACAUCGAUAG